AUGUUCUGCGGGGGAGAUGUUUCUUUGUGUCUCCUACAAAGAGAUUCUAUAGAAGCUAAUGGCAAUGAUGAAAUUGCUAAAUAUGUUGAAGAAGCUCUCACUUUGCGUCAUACGUCUACUAGGGAGUUGUUAAAACUCUUGGAACAUACCAUUUAUUCUCAUAGGGAAAAAACAGAGAGCAUGGUCCACACUUUGGAUGGAAAGAUAUCUUCUGAAGAUGCUAUCAUCCAGUUACCUAAGAUUGAUGAUAUGAUGGAGAGGGAGGUUAAAAAUCUGCGGGAAGCGAUUGAUAUUCUUCACGUGAAGCAGAAAGAGUAUGCUGAUGUAAUUCGGACUUACCUUAGCAGCCAGUCAACAGAUCAGUCUGAAAUUAGCCGCAUUACAGGUGAGCUGGAUGACAGCAUGACUGAACUAGAGGAGAGUAGGGGGAAACUAGUGAAUCUGAAAAUGCAAAAGGAAGUCGCAUCUGGGAUGCAUAACCUUACUUCUGGUGCAGUGAAUGGAACCUAUCACCUGAAAAAUCAACAGAAGGGACAAUAA